UGCAUCAAAAUUUCGCGGGAAAGCAAUGGACACCAGAAGAGGCUGUGUACGUGAACAGGGUUGUUGCUAGUGGUGAGGAGUCUAACUGUAUAGAUUUGCGACAGAAGUAAGCGUUCUCACAGCUUCUGCCUAGUAUGUAAUACUUGUUACGAAUAUUAGUUUAUCCAUCAUUGUGUAGCCUAGUGCUUUGUGUUUCUGUUUGGGUGUGCUGUUGGAUGGUAGCAACUACGAUGCCCGCAAAAGAUAGGGGUUCAGUUAUAUUUACGUUAGUUCUUACAUGCUUAGAGUUUGUUGCAGACUUAAUCGCUUUAUAAAACAAUAUUUAUCUCAUGGAAAUAAGUUCUGACGACAGCACAAUACUUUUGGGAGAAAGGAACAAAAUGGACAAAAAUAUUUUGGAAGCAGAGAAUGACGAAAAAGAUUUAACACAAGAACCAGACAGUGAGGUUAAUAAUGAAGUGCAGUCCCUUAACGCUAGCAACACCGAAAUAACAACUCCACGUAGCAAAAGCCGCUACGGUCGUGCACAUAAACCAAAAAUAUCCGACGAUUUUUUAAUGACUGACAGGAAAGUAGGUGCGAUGUUUGGCCAAAGUCCGAAACGAAGCCCAAACAAUGCAAAUAUAAGUGCUACGAACCGAAAUGCUGCUUUAAGCGCAAGACAGAAAGCUAGACAGCUUCAAGAGGCACUAAGGGGCCCCAGUGUUUCACCAUUUUCAAGCCCAGAUGCAGAAAGGAGAGGAAGUAACAAUAUUUCAGAGAACACUGCAGAUCAACAGGUAGAUCAGGAGCUGCCAAAUAGUGAAAAGGUUGAGUUUGUGGUAAAGGAAUAUGUGAUAAAACCUGUGGGUCAGUUAGGAUGUGAACCACCUAGCUGGGAAGCUGGUGACUUAGUAUGGGCCCGUGUGUAUGGUUACCCUUUCUGGCCAGCACUUAUUACUUUGGACAGGGAGUUGCAAGGCUUCACAAAAAAUAAAGCCAUUGGACGUGUGCUGUCUCAGCCACAUUUGCAUGUUCAGUUUUUCAAAGACCAGGGAAGACAUAGCUGGCUGCCAUACUCAUCUGUUGUGCCCUACAGCUCAUUUACAUUUGUGGAGGCUAAUAAUGAAGAAUUGGCUGAGAUACGAAAGAAUCCAAAAAUGAUGUCUGCAUUUCAUGUGAAACGAUCCCAAAGAGCAAAAUUUUUGUCUGCAGCAGAGGAGGCAAAUGAGAUGAUUGAUAUGACAAGAGAGGAAAGACAAGAAACGUUUGCUAAAAAUUAUCCACCGCCACAGAAAACUAAAGACAGAGAGAAUUUCUCGCCGGCAUAUACAAAGCAGCAGAAGAGAAAGCUAAGCAUUCAAGAAGACUUGAGAAAACCUGUAAAGAAGAUAAAACUAGAUAAAACACCGGACAGUACAUCUGAUGAUACAUCUGACACAAAUAGUAGUCUCAGUACAGUUCCGGAUUCAGUGAAAAACUUCCCAGUGAAUGACAGAUCUGAAGAAUCUUCAGCCGAUGACAAAAAUGCAGAAUCUGGUGAACUGAAGCAGAUCACAGAAAAAAAGCCGAAAAGUGUGAAGAAAAGCACAAAAACAAAGUCUGAAAGCAGUGCUGACUCUGGGAAAACAGAUUCCUCUGAACAGUCCGUUCAAAGUUCUCGUGAAAGCACUCCAGAGAGUGGUUCCGCAGGUCCAGAGACAGAUGUUGCACGCACGACUGGGGGAUGCCUUUUCCGUGGUGUACGUCGGGACAAAGCAUGUUUGUUGUGCCUCAAAUCAGGGAAUGCCUUCAAAUGUCGUGGCAUUUGUGGGAAUUACUAUCAUCCAGAAUGUGUUGCGAUUGAGCUAAGUAGAGCACAGGCCCUAGCUGAUGGUAUUACACUUGAAGAUGAUAAAAAGAGAUUUUUUAAGAAGAAGAAAAAGGGCCGCCCAAGGAAACUAGCUAUCAAAAUCAAAACUGAACCCAUUGAGACAGUUAUUCCCACUAAAGAAACAUCUUCAGAUAAUGUGGAUGAACACAGUAAGAGUGACAAAGAGAAUGAAGGUACAUCGCAGUUUGGAAAUAGCAGACUGACUACCAAUGGAGCUACCAAUGGCAGUUUGAAAACUAAUAUUACUAUUAAAAUAGAAAUUGUAGAAAAUGAAGACACUGAUGUGGAAACAAAGUUUGAUAACUUAGAAGAAGCCACCGCAAAAGAUGAUAAGAAUUCUGAGUUGUUAGAAGUAAAUGAGAUUAAAAAAGAAGUUGAGAAAGAAGUUGAGAGGGCCGAUUCUGUUACUGGUAGUGCAAUGGAACAUACUAUUGCUGGAGGCAGUACUGAUGACAAUUUCACAGCUGCAGAACCCAAAAAAGGAAAGGGUAGUAACACAAAACAGCCUCAAAAAUCUCAUACAAGUGGGAACUCUAAAGUAAGUAAUGCAUUUGACUCAAAUGCAACUUCGGAAAGUCUUGAAGGAAAUGGAAAAAAGAAAUCGAAAACACCCAAUGGGGAUAGUAGUGAAGAAUCUAAUGGCAAUGAAGAGGGAGAUAACGCUAGUGAGAAAAAUGUUGCUGAGAAGGAAGCAGAAGCUAUGAUGAACUUCAUUUGUCAUGAAUGUGUGAAAGGAGUUAAACCAAAAUGUUUUGUUUGUGGGAGUGAACAACAAGAAUCAGAGAUACAGUAUUGUUCUGUGGCACAUUGUAACAAAAUUUACCAUACAGAAUGCUUGAAAUUGUGGCCACAAGCUACAACAAAUGGCAUAUCAAGGAAAAAUAAAAACAAAGGUCCCAACGGAUCUGUUAAUCUCGUCUGUCCACAGCAUAAAUGUCACACUUGUGUUUCUGAUGAUCCUCGUAACGCUGUUGGACGUUACACAAAUGAGGUAAUGGUUCGCUGUAUUCGGUGCCCAACAGCUUACCAUGCAGGUGAUUAUUGUGUGCCUGCUGGAUCUGAGGUUUUGUCAGCUACCCAGAUAUUGUGUGCCCGUCAUUACCAGCCACUCAAAGGUGCAAAAAUUCCUCAUUUUAACACCGCAUGGUGCUUCCUUUGUUCAAUGGGUGGGUCCCUAAUUUGCUGUGAUUUAUGUCCAACUUCAUUUCACGCAGACUGUUUGCGAAUAUCACCCCCAGAAGGCAGUUUCAUAUGUGAGGAUUGUGAAACUGGAAGAUAUCCAUUGUUUGGAGAAAUUGUGUGGGUGAAACUAGGUCAUUACAGGUGGUGGCCAGCAAGGAUUCUGUUCCCAAGUGAAGUUCCUGAAAAUGUGAACAAAAUACCUCACACUUAUGGUGAAUUCUGUGUGAAAUUCUUUGGAUCAAAUGAUCAUUUCUGGGUGAACAGAGGUCGUGUCUUUUUAUAUCAGGAUGGUGAUGAUGUACACUCAUCUGUAAACAAAACCAAAACAGACACAACCUUUUUUAAAGCACUGGAGGAAGCAAGAGAUGCUCUUAAAAGAUAUGUGGAAAUAAAAGAGGCUCGUGAUGCUAAAGUCAGACCAUCCAUUAAACCACCAUCAUAUAUUCGCAUCAAAACCAAUAAACCAGUUGGUAAUGUGCGGCAUAUGGAAGGUGAUGUAUCAAACAUGACACCUUGUGAUUGUGAUCCUAAAUCUGAGAAUCCAUGUGGUCCAGAUAGUGAUUGUCUUAACAGGAUACUACUCGUUGAAUGUUCACCAUUGGUGUGCAGAGCUGGUGAUCGUUGUGGCAAUCAGUGUUUUGAGAAGAGAGAAUACCCUGAACUGCAACCAUAUCUCACUGAAGAUCGUGGUUGGGGCCUCAAAACAUUGACAGAUCUCAAAAAGGGACAGUUUGUUAUUGAAUAUGUUGGUGAAAUGAUAAAUGAGGAAGAAUAUCGUCGACGAAUCCAACGCAAACAUGAAGAAAAAGAUGAGAACUUUUACUUCCUUAUUAUAGACAAAGAUAGGCUCUUGGAUGCUGGACCCAAAGGGAAUGUUGCGCGGUUCAUGAAUCAUUCCUGUCAGCCAAAUUGUGAAACUCAAAAAUGGACAGUAAAUGGCGAUACAAGAGUGGGUCUUUUUGCUUUGCAAGAUAUUCCUGCAAAUACAGAAUUAACAUUUAAUUAUAAUCUGGAGUCAAUUGGCACAGACAGGAAACCCUGUAUGUGCAGAGCACCAAACUGCAGUGGUUUCAUUGGUGUUAAGGCCAAUAAUAACAAGCCUGCAGAAGAAGAGCAGAGGCCUCGGCCAACCAAAGCAGAUGAGAAACGAGUGAGGGGUGAAAAGAUCUGCUUCAGUUGUGGUGAUGCUGGAGACCUCAUCGUAUGUGAACACAAGACCUGUCCAAAGGCAUACCACAAAGACUGUGUCAGUCUUUCUCACCCUCAUAACAAGAAAUGGGUGUGUCCGUGGCAUUACUGCAACAUCUGCAACAAACGAACUGUCCAGAAAUGCAACAUGUGUACAAACUCGUUUUGUAUACAGCAUGCUAAGGGGAGAAUUCGACCUGAUGGGAAGCGAGGCUACCUUUGUCCUUAUCAUGAUAAGGGCAGCAGCUCCAAAUCAAAGUCAGUUGAUAAGACUGCAGCAAGCUCAUCAGGAAAACUUAAUCAGAAGUCACCAUUGAAUAAAGUAAUGAAACAAACCAGUAACAGUGAAAAAUCAGCUGAAGACCCCAAGAAGAACCGAAAUGCUGAGAGUUGUUUUGUUGACAAACAGCAGUCAGUAAAAAGGCAUGAAUUGCAGAGCACUUCGUCGUGUGCUGGGAACAUUCAAAGUGAUGUGGAAAAAGAUAGUUCAAAAAGUGGUACACACAGUGAGGCUUCAGCAAGUAGUGUCAUUGGAGUGAACAGCAACAAUGCACAAAACUUGUUAGGUGUAAAUAAUAUUGAUACUAAAAAUUCAACAUCCUUUUUAAACAAACAAGUUGGUACAAGGAAGACAAGCUACAAUAAUAACAGUGAAAGAAACCAGAAGGAAACUCGGCAAAGUGGCAUUGGAUCCUCAGGUGAUGAGACUGAAGUGUUUUCUGAGAGUGAUGGUAAGAAAAGUUCUUCCAAACAGGUGUUGGAACAAACUAAAGGAAGUGAUAGUUUAGCUAAUACACCAAAUGUAAAUGAUCCAGGAGUCUCUGAUGUGUCUCAGAAAAGUGCGCAUACUACAAACAAUACAACGGUUAUUCAACAAGUUUCAGUUCCUCGAAAAAGGGGCAGACCAAGAAAACAUGUUGCAGGGGAAGGACCAAUAGAUAAGUUUUUGUUAAAACCUGAAAUAACUAGUGAUUCAAAAAAACUUAAUGCUUCAGAGAGUGCAGUUGAAUCAGAAGUGUCGUUGACUACCAUAAGCAGUGCAGAUCUCGAGCAGCAGUGUGAAGGGAUUACGAAGUUAUCGAAGGAAACUGCAAAAGGAAAACGAUCUCCUGUUAGUUUACAAGCAACAGACUCAAGGAAUAAAAGUUUGAAGCCAAAGGAAACUUUAAGUGGCCAGCGAGCAAAGGAUAAGGACAGCCAUACAGCUGAAAAUGGGACGAGUCAUGUAGCAGGUAAAGUUGUGGAAACAGGUGCAACAGCAGACCAAAAAAAAAAUCUCGCAAGGAAGAAAUUACCAGGCAGUGGAACAGUUAGAUCACCUAAUAUUGCUAAUGAAGAUGAAACAGCAGAAUUGAUUAGCCCUCGAUCCGAUGACAGUAAAACAUCCAGCAAUGCCAAGACAAAUACUGCUAAAAAGAAUGGCAUUAGGGUAACUGCUAAUGAUGUAUCUCCUGAUAAAUGUGAUGAGCACCCGUCCAAAAAGCGUGGCAGGAUACCAAAUCGGUUUUAUGAUGAUUUUGAGGAUGUUCCUGCCCAGAAAACCCCAAAACUGAGAAAGCCAUUGCAAGGAGCAACAAGGUUCCAGUUAAAAUCUUGCAGUCCUGCGGAACAAAGAAGGAGGUGGUCAAAAGAAGCACAUUUUAAAUCAAAAAAGGGAGCAAAAAUUGUUGGAAGCAAUUUAGAUGGCAGCAUGGAAACAGAAAUUUCAGAAGAGGCUAGUGUUUUACGAAGUAGUUUAGAAAACAAAUCAAUAGUAGACAAAGUAGACAGGACCUGCAUAUCACCGUUACUAUUACCAGUACAUGGUUGAAUCUCAUUGACUCUGUGAAUUUUAUACUAAUGGGUGAGAAUAUUAGUGUGAGUAGUUGUUAUUGGCUUGUUUUUGACAACAGAAUUGACAACCAAUUGGAAUAGAUAUUGAUAACAUUCCUGUCAGUAGUAGAGGUUUUUAGAAUCCCUUUUUCUCCCUCUUCCAAAAGUGUGUUUUUUACCUAAAAUUAAAUUUGCAUUUACAUGUGUUAUAGAUGUGUUAGUUGCGUACUACCUUCGACCUCCUUGUGUGAAGAUUUCCAGUUGUGUUCAACAAUUUUUCAGCUGAAACCAAAAAUUGUGUGAAAUGAAUUUUAAACAUAUGUGACUGCCAUUGCUAAAACUGACAUUGGAAAAUUGGUCUCGUAUUCUGCUGUCAUCACUGCAUGUGCAAUUAGUUUAUGAAAAGUGACUAUAUUUUGUAUUAGCAUCAUUUGUAAUCAACUCCAUUUCAAUCAUUUACAAGCAUCCACACACAUCUCACAUAUUUACAUUUGACAUUUCUUAAUUUUUAGUUUUUAUGAAUUUGUGUGCGAUGUUAUGAUUACUUUUUAGUCUCGAUUCUUUUUUGUUGUACAUAUAUAUAUGGCACAAUUUGUUUAAUGAAAUUUUAGCCAAAAAUUUCAUCAAAUACAAAUAUUAUUCCAAUGAACUACUGAAUAUUAAUACAGAAAUAAAGUUUCUGAAAAUGAUUUUUAUUAUUCUUUGCUUUGUGCUAUACUUGUUAUAGAAACUAUGAUUUCUGCUUAAUGUUACUUGAUUUAUGUAAAUUCUAUUAAUACUUACUGAAUCAAAUGUGUCAUGUAUUUUCAUGAACAUAUUAGUGUACAGCAUAUUUUACUGUUCCAUUCGCCUUUGGCCAGUUGCUUGGUGUGUCAUUUGGCAUGCCAGGUACUUCACAAGAUUAAAUGUCUUAGCACUCCGAA